GGUUUUAACAUGGACUCUUGCGGAAAGUGUGGCAAAUCAUUUAUGCGAAAUGAUACCUUAAUUGUGCCGUGCAGUGGUUUUUGUCAAAAACAAUUUCACCGUACUUGCUGUGUGGGCCAAAUAUCAGAAUAUGAUGUCAGACUAUUUAACCAGAAUAAGCAUAUCUGCUAUCUUUGCCCAGAGUGUUUGUUAUUGCCUGCAAAAUUAACAAGGUCUUUGGAUUCUUUCAUGGCUAGGCAUUAAAAUGGCUUAGACUCUAUCGUAACCACAAUAAUGGACCAAUUUGGUGACAUUCAUAAAGAAAUUGCUUUAAUAAAUCAAAAAAACUGUGAACACAACAAAAAUGUUUCAUCAUGUUUAAAAACUUUAUGUACAGAAUUCGGUGCCCUAAAGGAUGUUGUUGCUAAUUCUAAAUCAACUGCUAAGGUGAACAACAACAAGAAUAAGUUAAACGGUUUUCCUGACCUACGGAGAGCGAAGUCACCAACCUCGGCUAUGGAGAGUUCUGAGAGUUCUGCGAUUGUUAACAAUGCACUUUCACUUACUUCAGCGGAGGUGGAUAAUAAUGUUUCUUCAGAUGCUUUGCCGUCGGCUUCUCAACAAAUGCGAACUGCAUUAUCAGCUAAUAUGAUAACUGCACAUAAUGCUUCUUCAUCUUCUCCUGCUGACGUGAAUAAUGUCACUUCUGUCGCUUCGUCAUCAGCUUCUAAACAGAUGCCGACUGCGUUAUCAACUGCUUUGCCGUCGGCUUCUCAACAAAUGCGAACUGCAUUAUCAGCUAAUAUGAUAACAGCAAACAAUGCUUCUUCAUCUUCUUCCGCUGACGUGAAUAAUGUCACUUCUGUCGCUUGGUCAUCAGCUUCAAAACAGAUGCUGACUGCGUUAUCAACUGCAUUGGCUACUGUUACUAAUACAUCUUCACCUUCCACUGCUGUUAUCAAUGCUACUCCCAAUGCUUUGCCAUCUGCAUCAAAACAACUGCAAACUGUUUCGUCAGAUAUAUUAAAUGCAUCUACCCAGCCGCAACUCGGUGCUGAUUGGAUUACUGUUCCGCGAAAGAAAGUGCCCAAGCGGAAAAAUGUCGUGGUUGGCCGUAAUGAAAAUAAUGAUCUGGGAGUAUUUUCGCCUCUUAAGUGGCUCCAUUUAUCAUCGUUCAAGCCAACGGUUUCGGAAGUCGAUAUUAUUAAUUACGUGUCGAAGCAAGUCAUCGUUGAUAAGCAACAAAUUGCCUGCUAUAAAUUGGUAAAGAAGGAUACAAAUGAGACAUCACUAAAAUAUAUCAACUUCAAAUUGGGAGUUCCUGAAGAUGUAUAUUUUAAUUUGCUGAAGCCAGAAAUCUGGCCAACAAAUGUUAAUAUUCGACAGUUCCGUUUUUUUCAAAAACAAGGAGGGCAACCUCCUCCAAGUUAGUUGUUCCUCCUACGCAUAAUAAUCCAUUAAAAAUCUAUUUUCAAAAUAUCUCUGGCAUGAGAACCAAAGUAAAUGAUGUUUAUCUUGCUACAACUCAUACGGAUUUCGAUGUUAUUGUCUUAGUCGAGACAUGGCUUAACGCGAAUUUUUGCAAUGAGGAGUUCUUCGACCGAAAUUUGUUUUCAGUCUUUCGCAAGGAUAGAGACAGUACAGCGACAGAUACCACUCGUGGGGGCGGUGUUCUCAUUGCUGUAAAAAUUGGUAUUGGCGCCGCAGUCGUUACCCUAAAAAAUGCUGACUCUCAACUCGACCAGCUAUGUGUAUCUAUUGAUGGUGAUGGUGCGAAACUAUACAUUUGCGUAUCCUAUAUACCUCCUAACAGCUCAGAGAAAUUAUAUAGUGACCAUGUAGAUAAUAUUUUAGAUUUAUCAUCAUUUUCAAAUAAGGAAGCCCAAUUGUGUCUACUUGGUGACUAUAAUCUCAGCAAAAUUAUGUGGUCAUGCCUUCCGGAUGAUACUGUGCUCAUUCCUAGUAAUGUAAAUUGCCCUAGUGAAAUUUAUUUAAUAGACGGUUUCUAUAGCUUACAAUUAAGACAAAUCAAUCACUUUGAAAAUGAGCUUAAUAGGAUUUUAGAUCUUGUAUUUAUCUCAUACGACCUUAGGUUUAAGCUAUCCAGGUCAGACUGUCCAAUAUCUCCAACUGACAAGCAUCAUAUCCCACUCAUACUGGAGCUUGAGUUUUAUGAGUAUUCUGCCUGCCCACAAGAAACUGCCUUGUGGUCGAAUUUUAAUUAUUCACGUUGCGACUUUGAGCAUAUAAAUAACCUAAUUUCUGGCGUGGAUUGGGAAAUCUUAUUCUCGGAGUGUAGUCUCCCGGAUUGUUUUGUUAAAUUCAGAUCUCAACUUGAACGAAUUACUAGGGAAAACAUCCCAACAUUCUCCAACCGUGUUCAUAAACUACCGUGGUAUAAUAGGAGGCUAAAAAAAUUAAAGAAUUUACGAAAUAAAUUUUAUAUACUUUUUAAAAAUAGUGGUAGUAUGCAGCAUAAAGUGUUGUUUGAGAAAUAUAUGGCUGAUUUCAAUUGUUUAAACAAGUUUUUAUAUAACAAAUACCUAAUGGGUUUCGAAAAUAACAUCAAAACUAAUCCAAAAGCUUUUUGGACCUUUAUCAACUCCAAGCGUACUUCAUCGGCAUUUCCAAUUUCCAUGCAUUACGAAGGGAAGCAGUCAUCCUCAAUGAAUGACACAGCAAAUUUGUUUGCUGAUUUUUUCAAAUCAAAUUUUGUGACUGAUUAUUCUUCGAGUGGUGAGGCUACCUACAAUAAUAGUCCUGCAUCGUUAGAUUUCGGAUCUUUGAUGUUAUCGGAAGAUGAUAUUUUUUACGGUAUAAGAAGCUUAAAGACCUCCAAACAAGUGGAUGUUCAUCAAAUCUCGUCUUAUUUUCUUAAGCAAUGCAUCGCAUCUAUUUCCGAGCCAUUGCUUCUCUUAUUUAACUUAUCACUAGCGUCAGGUCAUUUUUUGGAUGAUUGGAAAAUCACCUCUGUGUCUCCUAUUUUUAAAACAGGUGACAAAAGUGACAUUUCGAAUUAUCGGCCUAUUUCUAAGCUUCCUAAUAUUGCGAAAUUAUUUGAAAAAAUUGUUAGUAGUAAACUUUCAUUUGCCAUUAAACAAUCAAUAUCCCCCUCUCAACAUGGGUUUGUACCAGGGCGCUCUACCGUGACUAACCUAGCCGUUUUUUCAAAUUAUUGUAUAUCAGCGUUUGUGGGUGGCUACCAGGUUGAUACCAUAUACACUGAUAUAUCUAAAGCCUUUGAUCGCGUGUCACAUAAUUUACUCCUGCAAAAGUUAAAACAUUUGGGUAUUCACUCAAGCUUUCUGUCCUGGAUAAAGUCUUAUCUUUGCAAUAGAGUAAAUAAAGUUGUUGUCGAUGGGAUUAGCUCCUCCCCUUUUACUGCGACCUCGGGAGUUCCGCAAGGAAGUAUUUUGGGCCCUUUGUUCUUUGUUCUCUUUAUGAAUGAUUCCAGUGCUUGUUUUAAACAUUGUGAAUACCUGUUAUACGCAGAUGACCUGAAGGUUUUUAAAAAAAUUGAAAAUGCCUCUGAUAUUGGUGUUCUUCAAGCCGAGCUUAAUAAUUUUUGUGAGUGGUGUUGUCGUAAUAAAUUAACACUUAAUACAAAUAAAUGUUUUUCUGUAACUUAUUGCAAGUCUCGUUCCCCCUUACUAUCGUCUUACUCUAUUUCAAAAGUUGUCCUGAAGUUGAGUACCAAAAUUAAGGAUCUAGGUGUCGUGUUUGAUUCAGCGUUCACAUUUGUCGAACAUAUCAAUUAUAUAAUUCCCAAAGCGUUCUCGUCAUUAGCUUUCAUUAAGCGAAAUAGUGCCCAAUUCAAGGACCCCUAUACAAGAAAGCUUUUAUAUAAUGCGUUUGUCAGGUCCAAACUGGAAUAUGCCUCUAUAAUAUGGAAUCCUUCUUACGAAGUUCACCAUAAUAGGAUUGAGCGUGUACAAAAAUGUUUUUUAAAAUUUGGUUUGGCUCAAAUUAGGUUUGAUAAUCCUACUCCACCAUAUAUAUCUCGCUGCAAGUUGAUUAGCUUGCAAACUCUACGUAGUAGGCGGACUAUUUCGGGUCUGAUGUUUUUGCAUGAUAUUCUGAGUGGGGAAAUUGACUGCCCCACCCUAUUAGAUCGCAUUAAACUCAAUGCUCCAAUGAGGAUGCUACGCCAACAUGAUAUGUUUUCGAUUGACCUAUGUAAGACUAAUUAUGCUCUAAAUGAACCAAUUAUAAGGAUAAUGAGUGAUUUUAAUGCUUUAUGCAAAGUGUACAAUGUAAACAUUUUUGCCAA